GGGCGGUGUAAGAGAGGAGGAGCAAAGGAGCAGGUGAGAAAGCAAAAGAGAAAAUGAAGAAUGUGCAAAAACAAAGAAGACAUCAGAGCAAAAAUGGCACAUAAAACACACCGUCUCUCAGAGCUGAGGAUUGUGCUGCUGGGGUGCAGAAAUGCUGGGAAGAGCUCAGCAGGAAACACCAUCCUGAACAGAGAGGAGUUUGAGUUAAAGAGAACUGCUCAGUGUGUGAAGAGACAGAGAGAAGUAGCAGGGAGACACAUCACUGUGGUCGAAGCUCCAGGAUGGUGGAGUAAUAUACCAGUAAAGGUGAGCACUGAGUUACUGAAACAGGAGACUGUGCUCAGUGUGUCUCUGUGUCCUCCAGGACCUCAUGUACUAUUACUGGUCAUAUGUUUGGACAGAAAAUUUAAAGAGAGUGGCAGAAAAGUACUACAGGAACACUUAAAAAAUUUCACUGAGAGAGUCUGGAGUCACACUAUACUGCUGUUCACUCAUGGAGACUGUCUGGGAGACACACCCAUAGAGCAGCACAUUGAGAGGGAAGAGAAGGAGCUCCAGUGGCUGGUUGAGAAAUGUGGGAACAGGUAUCAUGUUCUCAACAAUAAGAACAGGAGUGAUGACACUCAGGUCACAGAGCUGCUGGAGAAGAUAGAGGAGAUGGUGGCAGCAAACAGUGGACGCCAUUUUGAAAUGGACAGAAAGAUUCUACAGGAGGUGGAAGAGAAGAGGAAAGCAGAGGAAGAGAGAGCUAAAGAGAGGAUGAUGAAGGUGCAGCAACAGAAAGAGCAUAGAAAGAGCAAGAACAUCAGAUCAUGCAUAGGUGACACCAACUAUCUCUCAGAGCUGAGGAUUGUGCUGUUGGGAUACAGAUAUGCUGGGAAGAGCUCAGCAGGAAACACCAUCCUGAACAGAAAGGAGUUUGAGUUAAAGAGAGCUGCUCAGUGUGUGAAGAGAGAGAGAGAAGUAGCAGGGAGACACAUCACUGUGGUUGAAGCUCCAGGAUGGUGGAGUGAUGAACCUGUAGAGGACAGCACUGAGUUACUGAAACAGGAGAUUGUGCUCAGUGUGUCUCUGUGUCCUCCGGGACCUCAUGUUGUACUGCUGAUCAUAGAUGUGGACACUGCGAUUGAAGAAAAUGAGGGGAAAAUUUUCAGUGCAUACUUGGAGCUUCUCACUGAGAGAGUGUGGUGUCACACUUUAGUGCUGUUCACCUGUGGAGACUGUCUGGGAGACACACCUAUAGAGCAGCACAUUGAGAGUGAAGGGAAGGAGCUCCAGUGGCUGGUUGAGAAAUGUGGGAACAGGUAUCAUGUUCUCAACAAUAAGAACAGGAGCGAUGACACUCAGGUCACAGAGCUGCUGGAGAAGAUAGAGGAGAUGGUGGCAGCAAACAGUGGACGCCAUUUUGAACUGGACAGAAAGAUCCUACAGGAGGUGGAAGAGAAGAGGAGAGCAGAGGAAGAGAGAGCUAAAGAGAGGAUGAUGAAGGUGCAGAAACAGAGAGAGCACAUCAGAUCAUGGAUGGGUGAUACACACUGUCUCUCAGAGCUGAGGAUUGUGCUGCUGGGGUACAGAUAUGCUGGGAAGAGUUCAGCAGGAAACACCAUCCUGAACAGAGAGGAGUUUGAGUUAAAGAGAGCUGCUCAGUGUGUAAAGAGACAGAGAGAAGUAGCAGGGAGACACAUCACUGUGGUUGAAGCUCCAGGAUGGUGGAGCAAUAAACCUGUAGAGGAGAGCACUGAGUUACUGAAACAGGAGGUUGUGCUCAGUGUGUCUCUGUGUCCUCCGGGACCUCAUGCUGUACUGCUGAUCAUACGUGUAGACUGCACAUUUAAAGAGCAUGAGAGAAAAGUAUUAGAUGGAAGCCUGAAGCUUCUGCUUGAGAGAGUGUGGAGUCACACUAUAGUGCUGUUCACUCGUGGAGACUGUCUGGGAGACACACCCAUAGAGCAGCACAUUGAGAGUGAAGGGAAGGAGCUCCAGUGGCUGGUUGAGAAAUGUGGGAACAGGUAUCAUGUUCUCAACAAUGAGAACAGGAGUGAGACAGAGCUGCUGGAGAAGAUAGAGGAGAUGGUGGCAGCAAACAGUGGACGCCAUUUUGAAAUGGACAGAAAGAUUCUACAGGAGGUGAAAGAAAAGAGGAGAGCAGAGGAAGAGAGAGCUAAAGAGAGGAAGAAGGUGGAGAAACAGAAAGAUGACAUCAGAUCACAGAUAGGUGAUACAAAUCAUCUCUCAGAGCUGAGGAUUGUGCUGCUGGGGAGUAUAAAUACUGGGAAGAGUUCAGCAGGAAACACCAUCCUGAACAGAAAGGAGUUUGAGUUAAAGAGAGCUGCUCAGUGUGUAAAGAGACAGAGAGAAGUAGCAGGGAGACACAUCACUGUGGUUGAAGCUCCAGGAUGGUGGAGAGAUGUAGGUGUAGAGGAGAGCACUGAGUUACUGAAACAGGAGAUUGUGCUUAGUGUGUCUCUGUGUCCUCCGGGACCACAUGCCCUGCUGCUGAUCAUACGUUUGAACACCAUAUUUAAAGAAAAAGAGAAAAAUGUGUUAGAAGGACACAUGAAGCUUCUGCUUGAGAGAGUCUGGAGUCACACUAUAGUUCUAUUCACUCAUGGAGACUGUCUGGGAGACACAACCAUAGAGCAGCACAUUGAGAGUGAAGGGAAGGAGCUCCAGUGGCUGGUUGAGAAAUGUGGGAACAGGUAUCAUGUUCUCAACAAUGAGAACAGGAGUGAUGACACUCAGGUCACAGAGCUGCUGGAGAAGAUAGAGGAGAUGGUGGCAGCAAACAGUGGACGCCAUUUUGAACUGGACAGAAAGAUCCUACAGGAGGUCCAAGCGAGGAGGAUGACAGAGAAAAGGAGAUCACUGGAGAGGCUGACGAAGGUGCGGAAGCAGAGAGAAUACUUCAGAUCACAAAUAAGUGAUACACACCAUCUCUCAAAGCUGAGGAUUUUACUGCUGGGAUACAGAGAUGCUGGGAAGAGUUCAGCAGGAAACACCAUCCUGAACAGAGAGGAGUUUGAGUUAAAGAGAACUGCUCAGUGUGUGAAGAGGCAGAGAGAAGUAGCAGGGAGACACAUCACUGUGGUUGAAGCUCCAGGAUGGUGGAGUAAUAAACCUGUGGAGGAGAGUACUGAGUUACUGAAACAGGAGAUUGUGUUCAGUGUGUCUCUGUGUCCUCCAGGACCUCAUGCUUUACUACUGGUCAUACGUUUGGACACCAUAUUUAGAGAAAAUGAAAGAACAGCAUUAGUGAAACAACUGAAACCUCUUUCUGAAAAAAUAUGGCGACACACUAUAGUGCUGUUCUCUUGUGGAGACUGUCUGUUAGACACACCCAUAGAGCAGCACAUUGAGAGUGAAGGGAAGGAGCUCCAGUGGCUGGUUGAGAAAUGUGGGAACAGGUAUCAUGUUCUCAAUAAUGAGAACAGGAGUGAUGACACUCAGGUCACAGAGCUGCUGGAGAAGAUAGAGGAGAUGGUGGCAGCAAACAGAGGACACCAUUUUGAAAUAAAAGGAAGGAUUUUUCAGAAAGUUAAUGAAAAGAGGAAAGAAAAGGAAACAAGAGCAAAAGAGAGGAUGCUGAAUGUGCGGAAGCAGAGAGAAGACAUAAGAUCAAAAAUGAAGCAUUCUCCUACACAGAUUUUCCAACAUCUUUCAGAGCUGAGGAUUGUGCUGCUGGGGAGCAGCUAUUCAGGGAAGAGUUCAGCAGGAAACACCAUCCUGAACAGAGAGGAGUUUGAGUUAAAGAGAACUGCUCAGUGUGUGAAGAGACAGAGAGAAGUAGCAGGGAGACACAUCACUGUGGUUGAAGCUCCAGGAUGGUGGAGUAAUAAACCUGUAGAGUUACUGAAACAGGAGAUUGUGCGCAGUGUGUCUCUAUGUUUUCCUGGACCUCAUGCACUACUGAUAGUCAUAUGUUCAGAUACUUUGUUUAAGAAAAAUGAGAAAAAGGCACUAAAAAAUUGCCUAAAAUUAUUCAAUGAGAAUAUCUGGAGUCACAUUAUAGUGCUGUUCACCUUUGGAGACUGUCUGGGAGACACACCCAUAGAGCAGCACAUUGAGAGUGAAGGGAAGGAGCUCCAGUGGCUGGUUGAGAAAUGUGGGAACAGGUAUCAUGUUCUCAACAAUAAGAACAGGAGUGAUGACACUCAGGUCACAGAGCUGCUGGAGAAGAUAGAGGAGAUGGUGGCAGCAAACAGUGGACGUCAUUUUGGACAGAGGAUGGAAAUGAAACGUAGGCAGAAAGGAACAAAAUGGAAAGCAAGGAGGCUAAGAAAGUGGCUACGGAGGAGAUCAUGUAGCUGUCCACCUGUUUGGGGAAGAAGACCACAGUUAAAACAUCGUAAGACAGCUCUUCGUGGUGGUUUUACACAUGUCAGGCAGCCAAGCGAAGAAUAUAUAUAUGAACUUCUACCCAAGAAACUCAGAAGACUCAGUGAGCCAUGCAUAGGAGAUAUAUAUGAACUUCUACCCAAGAAACUCAGAAGACUCAGUGAGCCAUGCAUAGGAGAUAUGAGGAGACCAAGACCUCAACCUGAGCUCAGCCAGCCAAUCAGAGAUAUAGGUGAACCUAAUUACAGAAGACCUAACGAGUCAUGUAGAGAAGCAACAUUUUUUAUACGGAGGAUGCAGAAGGCGGAAGUGGAGAUAAAUGCUACAGGUUUUACAGGCUGUUCCCCACCAUUUUUCAAAGGAACUGUGCAGCCCUGUCAGCAGCCCUCAACAGAUGCUGAAAUAUUCAUUCCUGAAAUGAUGGAUUUGGAGAUCAAGAACGGUAAUUCAUACAGGUUUCUAUGCCCUCAUGCUGGUCAGUUCCAGUGCAAAGUGACUAGUCUUGUGUUUGAGAUGGAGAGUGAAGGAGAGGUGCUGUACAGAAUAGACUCUUGGGAUGCCCGUCUGUUGGAUGGUUUAGGUCCGAUGAAGCCUGCAGGUCCUCUUUACAACAUUGACUGCUUUGAAGGUUCAAUCAGUCAUCUGCACCUCCCACACUGUGAGAUACAAUAUGGGGAAAACCAGGAUAAGCUGGCUGUGGCACACUUCACUGGUGAUAAUAUAGAGGUCAUAUCACCCCUGAACGUGACAAACACACAUGUGGUUAUUAUCAUCCAAGGCCUCUCUUUCUUUGGCCUUCUGAAAAGGAUGAUAUUCUCUGCUAGUCCGAUCAAUGGCCAGGUAUUACUGUUCUAUAAGGAAAUAACUGGCAAACAAACCCGGAAAAAACUACACGUUCAUUUACUGCCAGGCAAUGUACCUGUUGAAGAGGUAAAGAAUCGGCAUAUGGACCUCAGGAACAUUAACACCAGCUCUAAAUGUCAGCUGACCCCUGGUAAAAAAUAUAGACCAUCCUGUGACCCGUACGUAUUCCAGCCAAAGGUUGAAACAUUUGACUGUGACUAUGGUCCCAACUAUCACCCCACAUUUGAGGUGUUUCUCGACUCAAAGGCUGAGGAUGUCACAAUAGGUCUUUUGAAUGAAAAUGGUCAGGAAGUUUGGGAGCCUCGUCUCGUUUUUCUUACAGAUUAUGGUACUGAUGCAGCCCCACCCAACAUGGAUUCAGUAGGUGCUGAAUUUGUGGCUGAAAAAAGGGAAAUGCUCAUUCAGAAAGUUUCCUCAGUGAUGGAAAUUGCAGACUGUCUACAAAGUCAAAACAUGAUCACUGAUGAAAUGUACAACAACAUUCAAACUGCCAAAACAUCUCAGGAGCAAAUGAGGAUCUUGUACAGAGCUCUAGACUCAGGAGGAGCAGCUGUGAAAGCAGAAUUCUAUGAAAUCCUUAAAAAGAAGCUGCCUUUCUUAGUGGAUGAACUGGAGGCUGGACCCAGCAAAGGUUAAAGGACUUUUCAAGAGGAACUUCUCUAACAGCUAAUAAUACAGCUACAAACUUGUACUGGUAAUUUUUUACAGGCACAGGGGUGCAGGGGCUUCACUAGAAAAUUAUGAAGAGGGGGCCAAGCCUUAAAUGUCUGUUCCUCAUGAAUAUUUUGAAAGAUUGGCACACAGAAAAUCUGUCCAUUUAUGGUUUGUAAUAAGCACAAAUCUAAUAGGACCUAAUUGUAAAUUAAGGA